AUGCAUGGACUGCGCCUAGUCUGCAGCAUAGCAGCAUUGUCUUUGGCCAUCCUGGCAUAUCCUACGGCCUCAACUCCAGCACCCAUGGAUUUGAACUCCCUCCGUUUGACCUCUAACACGGAAUAUGUUAACUCAGUCGAUGUGAACGCAAACCGAUCAGUGGUAGUAUCCGCUGAAGAACACUAUACCAAUACAGCAGCUCGACUAGUUCAGAACGUUGUUCCUGGAGCAAGCUUCCGUCUUGUCGAUGACCACUAUGUUGGCAACAAUGGCGUUGCGCAUGUAUACUUUCGCCAAACGGCUCAUGAUACUGACAUUGACAAUGCGGACUUUAAUGUUAAUGUAUGUUCCCCGCUAACUCUGGUAAAGAAAAGCUCACUGUUACAGAUUGGAAGAGACGGACAGCUUUUAUCUUUCGGGCAUUCAUUCUUCACUGGCGUAUUGCCGAGCAGCUACCUGGACAACCCCAACCUGUCAAGUCCCGUAGCUGCUCUUAGAGGAGCAAGGGACGCGUUACAGCUCCCACUCACUAUUGACAAGGUUUCUACAGAAGCUGUUAAUGGACUAAACGAGUACAUCUUCAGACAGGCAGCGGGUGCAGUAUCUGACCCCAAAGCCAAACUAGUCUACCUCGUCAAGCCAGAUGGGACCCUGGCGCUCACAUGGCGGGUGGAAACAGACAUGUACGAGCACUGGCUACUGACCUACAUUGAUGCAGAAACCACCACUGUCCAUGGCGUAGUCGACUACGUAGCAGACGCGACAUAUCAAGCCUAUCCCUGGGGCACAAACGAUCCAACAGAAGGACAUCGCACCAUCCUCACCAACCCGUGGGACCUAUCCGCAUCCGAAUACACCUGGAUCAGCGACGGACAAAACAACUACACCACAACCAGAGGCAACAACGCCAUCGCGCACUGGAACCCAACCGGCGGUGGCUCCUAUCUCUACAAUCUACGCCCAUCCAACCCAGACUUGAAUUUCCAAUAUCCCUACUCCCCAAACAUGUCCCCACCUCGAUCAUACAUCAACGCCUCCAUCGUCCAACUCUUCUACACAGCAAACACCUACCACGACCUCCUCUACACACUAGGCUUCACCGAAUCCGCCGGCAACUUCCAAUGGAACAACAGCGCCCGCGGCGGCCGCGACAAAGACUACGUGAUCCUCAACGCACAAGACGGCUCCGGAUAUAGCAACGCAAACUUUGCCACUCCACCCGACGGUAUCCCCGGUCGUAUGCGCAUGUACAUCUGGAUCGAAUCCACCCCGUCCCGUGAUGGAAGUUUCGACGCGGGCAUCGUAAUCCACGAAUACACUCACGGUGUAUCGAACCGCCUCACCGGCGGCUCCCACAACGCCGGAUGUCUCAAUACCCUCGAGUCGGGCGGUAUGGGCGAAGGCUGGGGCGACUUUAUGGCCACUGCCAUCCGAAUCAAACCCAACGAUACGCGCAGGAAGUCCUACACAAUGGGUGCCUGGGCAGACAAUGAUAAACGCGGUGUCCGCGACUACCCUUACUCUACUUCCUUCGCUCAGAACCCUCUGAACUACACGAGCGUGAAUACCAUGAAUGGUGUGCACGCUAUCGGAACCGUCUGGGCGACUAUGCUGUAUGAGGUGAUGUGGAAUCUCAUUGAUAAGUACGGGAAGAAUGAUGGUCCCAGACCGGUGUUCAGAGAUGGAGUGCCGACAGACGGGAAGUACUUGAUGAUGAAGUUGGUGGUGGAUGGGAUGGCGCUGUAA